AUGGCAGGGAGGCUAGGGCCAGGGCUUUCGGGCUGGCGGCUUGGGUCCGUGAACAUCUUCAUAGAGGUGAUUGACGUGAAGAGCGGUUCGCACAUUGCUAGUGGUUCAUCACAGGUGAUGGACGCGGGUCUUGAGCUCUGCGUAUUUUGGCCACCCGCGCGGGAUGAGCAGGAUCCACCAGAGCAGUUCAAAAUCUGCACCGGCCGGCUCGUGGAGGAGGAGACCUGGUCGUGUCCGGACGUAACAACUGACAAGUGUGCCACCACUUACACUGCUGCUGGGGGCGGUGCUUACAUGCAGUGUGGACUUGACGGAAAACUAUGCCUUCACUCUGUGUUCUGCGACACAACCACAACAACCACACUGCCUGGCUUCAUCCUGAUUGAUGACGAUGGCCAGUGGCUGAAGAUAAACCAGUGGACCCAAGGCUUUUACGAAAGGCAGAGCAAUGCCUAUGGGACAGUGAGAACCAGUGGUCCAGGUGACGGUAAACUGGACGACAAUGUGAUCAACGACAUAAUGAUGGCCAACAAGCUGCGGGGGCCGUCCACGGGGCAUCUCUUCAAUGUUUUCAAAGUGACAGCGAAGGAGGCAAAUUUGGCUUACUACCUCCGCGUGAGAGACCGGAACUACACGGACACACGCAGAAACUUCGACUUCCCUCGAUACAGUGCCUACCAGUUUGUUGGGGACAGGAUGCCGCAGAACCUGGAUACCGGGUACAAGGACCUGAACAUGGGCAUCUUUGACGCCUAUCACUUUGGAGGGCGACAGUCUUGCAACAGAUUCUUCAUGGGCCACGAUUCCGUCGAUGAUUGUUAUUGGGCAGAUGGUGGAAGAAACACCAACAAACGUUGCUUCAGCGGUGGAUGGUACUGCCACAACAAGCUGCGGGCUCACCACCCUCCACUGAUAAAUGUCCAGAUGUUCUUGAAGCUUGCAGACGAGUCAGGCUAG